CACUCUGCAUUGUAAUCGAGAUUCGAGAGAGACAGGAUCAGUCGUCGGUUCUUUAGUUAAACUUAAAAUCAAUCCCAUUUAGUUUUUUUAGAUCAUUUAAUUAAAUAUAUUCGCCUUCCUUCCUUCCUCCUCUUACAUUUACCACAUGGAUUACACAUUCUCUGGCUUUUAUCGUACUCAAUCUGUGGCUAUAUCCCAGCCGAAAAAUAUAUAAAAGGUUGGCAACAAAACUGCUCCUGCUGCUGGGUAUUUGGUUAAAGUGCUCUUGGCAAGUCUUAAAAUAAAAAUAGAGUGAAGGGUGAAAGAGACAUUCUAAUUAUACCGGUCGAUUUGGAUUAUCCUUGAAAAUUAGGAAAACACCCACCAUUCGAUAAGGAUAAAGUUCGUCAGUCAAGGAGGAAGAAUAAUGGGAUGGAGUCAGAUUUUUUAAGUCAGGGAUUGUUUGGCAAGAACGCCACGGACCCUGCUGGAGGCGCCCACUCAUCGCUUAGUGCGGCCGAACCCAUAACCUACGGAGCAGAUCCCCUCACUUACCAGAGUUUAAACACUUCGCCAAAUUCUCCCAGGAAAAGGCUGCCACCAUCAUCAAACAGAAAGCAGGACAAGUCAGGCAAGAAGCUGUUAGUAGGUCUUAGUUCAGACGAGGACAUGAUUGACAUAACGCAUCAAGGAACGGUGAACGAAAUCACCGAACAGGAGGAAGAUGCACUCCCCCAAUCCACGAGCUAUUACGACUCGGAAGAAAUCCCUGGAAUUGGUCAAUAUGAAGAUUUCCACACAAUUGACUGGCAGCGAGAUAUUGCCCGUGAUCGUAUGCGGCAUCGCUACAUUGUCAAAAAACGGCAAGACUCGGUAUUCGAUUUAAUCAAGGGAGCACAUGACGCGUGGAGUGGCUGGCUAUGCGUCCUUCUCGUCGGUGUCACAGCUGGGUCGUUGGCCGGUGUCAUCGACAUUGGAGCGUCCUGGAUGACUGAUCUCAAGUUUGGGAUUUGUCCUGCGGCUUUCUGGUUAAAUAAGGAACAGUGUUGUUGGUCCAGUAAUGAGACGGAGAGUUUAAAUGGGAAUUGUUCACAGUGGCGAACAUGGUCUGAAGUUAUGGGGGGACCGAAUUAUCGAGAAGGCGCAGGGGCAUAUAUUAUCUCAUACAUUAUGUACGUAUUGUGGGCUCUCUUUUUCGCUUCAAUGGCUGCACUUCUAGUCAAGAUGUUUGCUCCAUAUGCGUGUGGAUCUGGAAUACCUGAGAUCAAGACAAUCUUGAGUGGUUUCAUUAUUCGAGGGUACUUGGGAAAAUGGACGCUGCUUAUAAAAUCAGUGGGUAUUAUGUUGUCCGUCUCGGCCGGAUUGAGCCUUGGAAAAGAGGGGCCAAUGGUGCACAUUGCUUGCUGUAUUGGCAACAUAUUAUCAUACCUGUUCCCAAAAUACGGUAGAAAUGAGGCGAAGAAAAGAGAAAUAUUAUCUGCGGCGGCAGCAGCAGGGGUAUCGGUAGCUUUCGGAGCACCUAUCGGAGGAGUACUGUUCAGUUUGGAAGAAGUCAGUUACUACUUCCCUCUGAAAACAUUAUGGCGAUCAUUCUUCUGUGCUUUAGUUGCUGCUUUCGUUUUACAAUCGAUCAAUCCAUUCGGCAAUGAACACUCUGUACUGUUUUUCGUGGAAUAUAGCAAACCAUGGAUAUUCUUCGAAUUGGUCCCGUUCAUUGGCCUUGGAAUCAUUGGGGGUAUUAUUGGAACCCUUUUCAUCCGAGCAAACAUUUGGUGGUGCCGAUACCGCAAAAGCAGCAAAUUGGGACAGUAUCCCGUCACUGAAGUUAUCAUUGUGACUUUGGUGACUGCAAUCCUUGCUUACCCAAAUCCCUACACAAGGAUGCCCACAAGUCAACUCAUCUACUUGCUCUUUUCCCAGUGUGGACUUGCCGUGAAGGAUGACAUUUGCGAUUACAACAGACAUUACUCACAAGUCAACGCCCAAAUUGAAAUAGCAGAAGCAUCAGCCGGAGUUUACUCUGCAAUUUGGCUGCUCCUUCUCGCAUUAAUUUUCAAGUUCAUCGUUACCAUAUUCACAUUUGGGAUCAAGGUUCCUGCAGGAUUGUUCAUUCCUUCUCUAUGCUUUGGAGCAAUUGUGGGCCGUAUCGUCGGAAUCGCAGUGGAACAGUUGGCUUACCAUCAACCACAAAUAUGGUUCUUUGCUGGCGAAUGUUCUAAAGGGGAAGAUUGCAUAAACCCAGGUUUGUAUGCUAUGGUGGGUGCGGCUGCAGUGCUAGGAGGGGUGACGAGAAUGACCAUUUCGCUGGUUGUGAUAAUGUUUGAGCUGACGGGAGGAGUUCGAUACAUUGUUCCAUUGAUGGCUGCGGCGAUGGCUUCCAAAUGGGUGGGAGAUGCUCUCGGACGACAAGGAAUUUAUGAUGCACACAUUGGUCUCAAUGGUUAUCCAUUUUUGGAUUCAAAGGAAGAGUUUGGUCACACAACACUUGCUGCCGAUGUAAUGCAACCAAGACACGGAGAACCUCUUUGUUAUGUGACGCAAGACUCUAUGACUGUAGAAGACGUUGAAAAUCUUUUGAAAGAGACGGAGCACAAUGGAUUCCCCGUGGUCAUAUCACACGAGUCACCUUUUCUGGUUGGAUUUGUGUUAAGAAGAGACUUAAACCUUGCAAUUUCAAAUGCCCGAAGAACUGUGGACGGAGUGGAUGGCGUAUCCUUAUGCUUAUUUACGAAUAGUCCACCAGCCCAACAGUCAAGGACCAUGAGGCCAACUUCAACUCCCGUUAAGCUAAAGAAAAUCCUGGACAUGGCUCCAAUCACAGUCACUGACCAGACGCCGAUGGAAACAGUAGUUGACAUGUUUAGAAAGUUGGGGCUACGACAAACUCUCGUGACACAUAAUGGGCGACUCCUGGGAAUUGUCACGAAGAAGGAUGUACUUCGCCAUAUUAAGCAAAUGGACGACGAAGAUCCAAAUUCAGUUCUAUUUAAUUAGUUAAUUAACAAUAAUUUCUCUCCUAGAAUCAUCGUUGUUCAAGUUCAAACACUUUGUAAUAACUUUCAGUUUAUUAGCUGAUUAUUUACUUGGCAGGGACGAAAAUCUACAAAAUUAUACAAUUUACUUUAAUUGCAUGCAAAUUUACCUUUUUAUCUUUCGUACCUUAUUAUCCAACUCAAAAACAAACUCAACAUGUAUUUAUGAUAUGAUAAUGAUAAUUUAAUGACAAUGCAAGUUUGCUUCCAGGAUAAUUCAACAUAAUUCCGAACUUUUUAGCAACUAAUUACCUUUUCCCAAAUAUCCCGAAGAUUCCUACAUUUCAAUUAUAAGUUCCAUUUAAAGUACGCUUGAUAAAUCCUGAUAUGUAAAAAUUCUUGGAAUUGAACGUGAUAUUGACGAAACGAAAUCAGUGUUUAAAUAGUUGAUUACAUUUUCCUACCAUGGUUUGUUUGUUGACUCGAUUAUAUUUUGUAGUCAUUGUCCGAUUCAGCUAGCGAUUAUACAUCUACUUACUAAUUUCUUGCCUUUUUCGACAUUUCGAACAAAUCAAUGUCAUAACUAUUUCGUAAUAAGUACUUUAUUCCUAAGUUUUGUCGUUGUAAGCUAUUGUUAUGUUGCAACUAUUUAUGUAUUACCUUUGUAGCUCCCCUAAGAAUUCUCUCCUACUAAACUUCCUCUGUGAAAUCUUCCCGAGUUGAGUCAAUGUGUCAAAGUCAGAACUGAUAUGUGAAAAACCAACAAUCCGUAAUGAUACCAAAUAUUAUUUGUUAAUAUCGAGUCGUAGUUUAACUAAUUGAAUGUGACACUCAUUAAUUUAGUGUACAGUACUUAAUUUAAGGCUUGUUAGCGUUAUAUAUUAGUCAUACUAAUUACAAUAACCACCUCGCUGAAAGAUUAGUUGCAUAAUACUAACAUAUUUAUUUCAUCAACCUAAAUAGCAAUCCAUGCAAUUUAUUCCUGCAUUCGCGAAUUCGAUAAUUAAUUAAACACCGACCUGUGAAGUGAGAGUGAGAUCUGUGAAAUAUAAGUACACAUCAUUGUUUAACUACAAUCUAGUUGUCUUAUUAUAUACGUAAUUAAUUUUAUUAUUAUUAUUAUUACCGAUUGGAAUAUAUUAUAAAUAAAAUUGUUAAAUGCAGCUCUGAAUAUAAAAGUAUAAAUGACCAUUCGGAAAAUAAAGUGAAAUAUUGUUAUCCAAA